AUGGCGUGGCCAUUCAACGCAGCUGUCAACUCCAGCGAGGGGGAGUAUGCUCUCCUACAGAGCUCUUCCAUUGAGGAUUUGCUUCACCCAAGUUCUAUUCCAUUCGGCAGCACCACAGAUACGCAGAUACCUUCUCGCAUGGGCGUUUUGGUCAUUUCCAACAUUCCAUACACCUUGACUCGGCAUGAGGUUACUUCGUUCCUUGGACGUAGCGCUAGAAUACUCCCAUCUUCUCAUGGAUGCCCGGUCCAUAUACUCAUGGAACGAUCCACUGGGAAGACCAUGGACUGCUAUGUGGAGUUCUCGACGGAGAGACAGGCCAAGGAAACGGUCGAUCGGCUCAGCCGUGCCUAUGAUUCUGGCAGUGCCCCACGAAUGGGUAGCCGCCAUGUUGAUAUUGAAAUGAGCAGCCCAGCCAAAUUGCUGAAAGCCAUCUUCCCUUUGGCCAAAUGCAUUUCGUGGGAGACUGGAAGUCCUGUUCAGCUGGAAAAUAACUAUGAGUGGUCUACCGGGUUCAAUGGCUUCCUCACCGACGAGGAAUUGUUUUGCCUUACUCGUCAUGCCGAGCAGCCACAUAGGAGCGUAUUCGCCUGCAAGGUGCCCCAGCGCUGCUACGAAUCGUUCAUCACCACCAUCUGGAAGUUCCCAUGGCGCGCAACUCAUCUUUACACCGUGCACCACCGUAACGCGUUGUUCCUCACCCUUUGCAAGUUGAUCAGGAUACUGGUUGCCAGCAUAAAAAGGAAUCGGACGAUUGGCCUUGACUCUCGCCUUCUUACUGAGUUGGUUCAGGCAGGAAUCGAGUGCCCGGGUUUUAACCCGCGCAUGAAGUAUUGCUUUGCGUGGUAUUCGGAGGACCAGCAAGCAAUCAUGUCCUUGGAUCAUGACUGGUGUCUGUAUUUCCCAUACGAUACAAUGACCUAUCUCCCAGGUCACACUAUUGCGACGAUGCAGUUCUAUGCCUUCCUCAUGAACAGGGGCUCCGUUUUGCGCACCGAGGCUGAGGGCUUGGUCAACGAGCAUCAUGAUCCUCGGCUUGAACGAAUCUUUGGAAGGUUCUGGUUUGAUUGGCAGGGAGAUGCAGCCCGUCAAAUGGUAUUCAAGGACGCCAUCAUCUACGAAGCCGCCGUCCUGCGCAAGUUCAUCAUCACUGGAUUUCAGCACCUUCGUAGAAGGACGUCUAGUGCUUCGACAAUUGGCACUGCGCCAUACUCCUCGCCGAACCCCAGCGAGGUCUCCGCUCCAGACAGCGAGCGAACAAUCUCAGUGACCCAAAACAUCUCUGUGGAUCCUAGCCCUGCUUUCCAGCAGACCUCGAACCUGGCGACUAUUGACGAAUUUACCAGUCGCUUCUACAUACCUGGGCAGGAUACCAAUGUGCCGAGUGGUACCACUCGUGUUGGCUCCCAAGGUGAUAUUACUAACGAACUCCCGGUAACCCCAACGCGUUCGCCUCCCGUGGCAGCCGAGCGCUACCGUGCACCUCACGCUCGAACUGUCAGUGUCACCCGCACGGCUCGUGAUCACGGGAUGCAGGGCAACUGGCGCAUGCCGCAUUCUCAGGAACAACCUCGUCCGGGCUACUACGUACCGCAUUCGACCACGGACUAUAAACUGCGCUCAUCGUCGGACCCUUUCGCUCCGGCUCCGCUCCCUCCGAGGACCUGGCCUAGCAAGCGUUCCCGCUCCGAUUGCAUCAGUAAUAUGUUUGGACUGCUGGAAGAGGCAGAGCCUUAA